AGUAAAAGUAGUAGUGCCCUCUGGUGUUCAGAGGAGGAACUGCAUCCUGCAGAGAAGUUCCUGGUUUAUCAGAGAAGCAGGAAGAGAAACAGAGUUAGAAACCAUCAGCAGCUCAGGAUGAAGGUCUGUCUCACUCUGAUCUGCCUCCUCUUCCUCACAGCUCUGCAGGAUGGAGAAACUGUGAGAACCUUCAGAGAAAAGGAAGGAGGAAGCAUCACAGUUAGAUGUAAAUUUGGUUACUAUGGAGAGAAAAGGUUCCUCUGUAAGGAAACUUGUGAAGAAGAAAACAUUCUCAUUGAAUCAACUGAAGAGAGAGAUGAGAACGAAAGAUUCAGCAUCAGAUAUGAAAGAAGACGUCUUUAUGAAUCUGAUUUUCUACAUGUGAGCAUCACUGAUCUGAAACUGUCAGAUUCAGGAAGGUACCGGUGUCGCUCAGAUACAACGUAUGGUGGAAUUCGAUACGAUGAUUUUGAUCUUGUUGUGACUGAAGAUUCUUCAAAAUCAAAAUCGACUCCAAGAACUUUUCUAGGAUCAACUUUUCUCCCUACAGCUUCAACAACAACAAAGAGAACAAUUAGAACGACAACAAAGAGAACAAUUAGAACAACAACAUCAACUCAGAGUUUCUCUCCAUCUGAAACCAUCAAACUCUCUGAGAAACCAGCUGCAGCUUCAGAUCCGCUGCUCUAUGUGGGUCUGAGUCUGGCCGUCCUGGUCGUCUUGUUAGCGACGGCUCUGCUGAUUUACUGCCAGAGGAAACGUUUCCAUCAACAGAAAGGUCCUCCAGUGAAAAUAGAUUCUACUGACUUCACAACGAUCAACACAGUUUAUGAGGAGAUCAGAGAGGAGGACAGAGAGAACAAACCUCCUGCUGGGGAAAUAUCUUCAGUUUACGUUUACGUCCAACCCAACAAACCAAACGCAGCUGAGAGCAACGAAAUAUACAGCCUGGCCAGCGAACCGCAGGGUCAAGCUAAAGAGGAAGACAUAGAGUAUUCUUUAGUACAGCUGCCAAACGUUGCUGCCAAAUCGAACGGCGGCCAUCUUGCUGAUUCAGAUGACGUCACCUAUUCAGAACCUCGGUUAGCCAAAACCUCUGGUAGCCAUGGCAACGGAUCACCUUCUCUGUAGUCCACCAUUAUUUUACAAGACUGGCUUUGCUGUGGAUCUGCUGUUUGUUUGUCCUGAGAGAAAACCCAAACUCAUUAGCUCCGUGAUUAGCUUCAAGCUAACAGUCGCUAAAACUGUAACAUUUUCUUAUUGUUAUGCAUAGAUUUGGACAAUAUUUAUCAUCAUUGUUGUACAUUUGUAAAAUAGGCAAAUAAAUAUUAUAAUAACUGUAAUUUAAUUGCACUCUGUAAAAUGUAUGCAUAAAACAACGAAGCAAC